AUGAUAAUUUUGAUGAUUAUAGGAUAUCUGCAUGCAAUCCAGAAUGAGUUGACAGCCAGAUGCCGAAGAUAUGGAAUAAGCCUGAAUGACUGCCUAAAUUCAGUAUACCUUCCGAAAAAGGAAUAUGAUGAGUAUCUUCAAAGCUUUAAUCUACCAAUAGUACGUGAUUCAAGCUGUAAUAAAGGAAGAUGUAUGGCUGUAGUCUAUAAGGACGUGAAUCGAUGCAUGAAUUGCAGGAAGGGGGAGUGCAAGGAUGAAUGCAGAGAGUUUGAGUGGAUGAGAGAAAGCCUUGCUAAUAGAGCAAUCGAUUCAUAUAAAAGAGAUUCUGAGCCUCAGUUUCCAUUUAUUCAUGUAAUUCACCAUAGAGAGGAAAGUGGGAAUGACAGAAUGAUUACGUCCAAAACCAUAGAGCCACCGUCAGUAUCCUACAAGAGUGUUACAGUAAUUGAAACAAAGACAGAGACGGUCUCAGAGAAGCCCAUGACAACCUCGAAAAGUGAAGAUAAGCGAGAUACCCCCAUCGCAUCUGAAGCCUCUAAAACUUGUGAAACCCAAAGAGAAGAGGUGAAAACCGUCUUAAAAACUGUAGAGGUCCCAAAAAUGAUAGAAAAAACGUCCUGUGCUCUUUAUUCUGGAAAUCAAGAGAAGCAAAAGAAGUUCGAAGACAACAACUCUAAGGUUUCAGCCGAAGAUAUUGAGAAGCCUUACUCCAUUCCUACUUCAAUAAGACGUUCUAAAUUCAAAGACACUUCAUGCGACGAAGAGAAAACAGGCUAUGAAGAAGAGGGAGAAAAAGACUCUGAAGACAAAUAUAGGAAUGAACCAACCGUUGUAACUGUUACUAGAGUAUUUUCCAAAACAAUUACUACUGAAAAACCUAUUACGUUGUAUAGAGAGGUAACAACAACAAUUAAGAGUGAAGUACCCAUUAUCAACUAUAAGCUAACAACUGUUAGAGAGACAUCUACCAUAACAAAGAUAGAAAGUAGUACAAAAACAGAAACUGUUGUACAGACACAGUACUCUACCAUUGUAUCCACAAAGACUCAAUAUGCUCAGGAGCCAUCAGCGACAAAAGAAUCAAGCAUACCUAUAGCAACGCAUACAAUUUCCGGUGGAGCAUCAAAAAGGGACGAACCCAUUAAGGAUGUAAAAACAACGGAAACUUCUACAGGAAAACAAAACACUACCGAAUCUCCCAGUGUAGUGUAUAGAACCGUGACACAACCUAGUAUUUCAAUCCUUACAGUUACAAAGACACAAGAGAAUACAGUACAACUAAGUUCGAAAAACGACGGAGCCCUAAGUUCUGCACCCCAGAAAAUGGAAGGUAUUUCCACUAGCUCUGGGGGUCCUGGUGUGGGCUCUUUGAUAUGUACAGAGAAAUGUUCUACUGUUGGUGCCUCCGAGGUUCCAGAGAAGAAGGGAACCAUCUCCAGUGUGGUUGUUUCCCCGUUAGCUGCUCAAAGCUCCUCACUUGUUGGAAGACAGGAUAUAAUAGCAGAGCUUCUUCCGUUAGUUAGAAAGGUCUUGGUUGAGGAUUCCGAGGAAACAAAAUCUUCAAAGGCCUCUAAAAAUACUCUUGUAGAAAAAGCAAGUGAUGUAGUAAAGACAGUGACAAGAACAGUAGUAAGAACAGUAGGCUUGGAAGCGAGAAAUAGAGGUAGGCACAAGAUUGUCUACAAUACGAUUUUUUCAUACAAGAAGAAACCCAAUUGCAAAAAAGGAGUGGAGGGAGGGAAAAGCAAGGGAUGUAAGGAUUCCGAGGAAGUUGUCGUCACUACGGCCUAUGUUUGA